GGUCGACACCCGUAUGACCCCCCUGAUACUCCCAGCAGCAGGUGAGCCAAGCAUCGCGUCCCCAAGGCGAGUAGCGGAGUAGCGGAGCGCCGUCAUGGGCAAACUUCAACAAUUUGACAUCACUUUCGCCAACAACAAGGUGGUUUACAGUCCGGGGGAGUCCAUCAGCGGAACGGUGACAAUACGAAUCAACAACUCCCUGCAGUUCAAAGCCAUCAAGGUGAAGUGUCAAGGCUCAUGUGGGAUCUCAACCAAAGUUACCGACACCUCUUGGACUGUGGAGGAACAAUACCUAAACACCACGCUAUCUGUUGCUGACAAAGGAACUCUGACUGCUGGUGAACACAAUUUCCCUUUUCAGUUUCUUAUACCAGCCGCUGUACCGACUUCUUUUGAAGGACCCUUUGGAAAGAUUGUUUACCGUGUGAGAGCAGCCAUUGAUACGCCUCGUUUCGCAAAGGACUACAAAGCCCAGAAGCCCUUUUACCUCCUCAACCUGCUGAACCUCAAUGAGGUGCCAGGCAUUGAUCAACUGAGCUACGCCGUUACAACAAAGAAGUUCAGCUACCUGCUCGUAAAGUCUGGGACCCUGAUGCUUAAAACUUGCACUGACCUCAGGGGCUACAUUCCUGGUCAGGUGAUCAAGUUAGCCACAGAGAUCCACAACAAGUCUGGAAAAGACACGGGAUGUGUUCUCGCAAGUCUCAUACAGAAAGUAACCUACAAGACCAAUCGGCCAGUGUUUGACCUGCGAACCAUCGCAGAGGUGGAGGGAGCAGGAGUGAAAGCAGGAAAACAUGCUGAGUGGAGAGAGCAGAUCAUCGUGCCUCCUCUUCCUCAGUCAGCUCUGGCCGGCUGCAGCCUCAUAGAUAUAGAUUAUUUCAUUCAGGUGUCACUAAAAUCCCCAGAAGCAGUCGUCACUCUGCCCAUCUACAUUGGGAACAUUGCAGUCAACUUGUCUCCAGCCAGGACUGUGCCUUCCAGUCCGGACCGCUGCAGCGUGACGGCGACGCCCAACGCGGCGGGAGUGACACCCAGCGCCCCUCCAGCCGAGGACAAUGAAGAGUCCUGUGCAGGUGGUGCGGCCAGCGAGGAGAUCCCCACAAAGAGUCACUCUCAGCAGGAUCCCUCUGGUCAGCCUGUAUCCAUGUCUCCCAGCGCUUUCAGCCACGCGCCCGGUGCUGCCUUGCCUCCUGGCCACAGGCAGCCGGGAGCUCCCUCUCCCUUGUUCUGCGUUUCUACUGGGGCCACCAUUCCCUUUUUCACCGAAGGAAAUCCCACACCUGUGCCCACUUCCUGUUCUCUCAUCCUCCCACCAGAGUACAGCAGCUGUGACUACCCGCAUGAGCCUCCACCCACUUAUGAAGAAAGCUGCAGCAGCACCAACUUCAGUUUCAACAGUGGACAAUAGAUAAAGAAACAGUGCUCACCUCUGGACAAAACAUGGACAUCUUAUGGCUGAAAGAAGCCGUGACUCCAAUUCCAACCCCAAAAGGGAUCAUGUCUUAUGGUGAAUAUAUCCUCUUAUCAGGUGGCGAUGGACUGAGCAAAUUAACAUCACCACACAGAUUUCAUCCCAUUGGACUUUUCUUACAUCAAGGGAGAAUACUUGAUUAUUGCACGUCUGCCAAACAGCAGGUGAGAACAAAAUGAAUAGACGCCACCUGGGGACAGUCCUAACGACUGAAAAACGGAAUAACAAAGGACCAUGUUAUUGCAGUAUUCUGUCUGCUUGAAAAAGGGGGCAACAUAACCCCUGAAGGUUCUUCAGUUUUAUUAGAGCAGCAAAGAAGCGGGGUAACAAAGGGAAGAAAGAGGCACAAAAAAGAGUUCCACAAGUCCCGGGAAGAGCUAAAAUUAGAAAAAUGUAAAAUAUAAACCCCACCCGGAAUGAAUCACAGUGUAGGGUAGGGAAGGCCUAAAACAGGCCAAAAGGUCAACAUUCUUGCAGGCCAUAAUGUGGAAAACAAAGGAAAAUGGUCAAAAUUCUCUCCCUGGGGAGUGACUUCCACAAGUCCUGGGUGUAGCCAAAAUGUGAAAAAUGUCAAAAAAAAAAUUCCCACCAGGAUGACUCACAGGUGACCCAGGAAGAAAAAGGAAAAAACAGACAAAUGUGGAAAAAUUAUCAAAAUUCCCUCCCUGGGAGUGAGAUCCACAAGUCCUGGGGGGAGCUUAAAUGUCAAAAAUACCCACCAGGAUGACUCACAGGUGACCCGGGAAGAAAAAGGCCAAGACAGGCCAAAAUGUGAAAAAAAUGCCAAAAAUUUUCAAAAUUCCCUCCCGGGGAGUGAGUCCUGGGGUGAGCUAAAAUGUGAAAAAUGUCAAAAAAUACCCACCAUGUUGACUCACAGGUGACUCGGGAAGAAAAAGGCCACUAUGUGAAAAAAUGCUGAACAUGAUCAAAAUUCUCUCCCAAAGAGUGAGUUCCACAAGUCCUGGGAAGAGCAAAAAUGUGAAAAAGGUCAAAAUUUCCCCCCCAGGAUGACAAACAGGUGACCCGGGAAGUAAAAGGCAAAGACAGGCCAAAAUGUGGGAGGAUGCCAAAAGGGUCAAAAUUCCCUCCCGGGGAGUGAGUUCCACAAGUCCUAGGGUGAGCUAAAAUGUGAAAAAUGUCAAAAAAAAUACCCACCGGGACAAAUCACAGGUGACUCGGGAGGGAAAAAAAGGCCAAAAUGUGAAAAAAUUGUCAAAAUUCCCGGGAAGAGCAAAAAUGUGAAAAAUGGCACACAAAAAAUACCCACCGGGGCGACUCACAGGUGACUCGGGAAGAAAAAGGCCAAAAUGUGAAAAAAUGCAGAAAAUUGUCGAAAUUCCAAGGAAGAGCAAAAAUGUGAAAAGGGUCAAAAUUCCCCCCAG